GGGAUCCUCCCAGCCGCGAGCUGGAGGAAGCAUGGAGCGCAGGGGAUGAGCGCAGGAGAAGCCGGAGGCUGCCCUGAUUGACAGCUGAAGUGUCCUAAAAAGGGCUCGGCGAGAUGCUUAUCGGGAGGUUUAUAUAGCAGCCGAGCGAGCGCACGCUGGAGAGCGCUCCCUCGCCCCUGCAAAGCCAGGCGAGCCGCAGAGACCGCGCCUGGGGUGCGGGCCCCCCUUUGGCAGCCCUGCUCCGCUCCCCGGGACCCUCUCCACUCCCCGGAGAGAGAGAGAGAGAGAGGGAUCCUUCCCCCGGCGUCCUAAAGCCUGGGCCGCUCUUCGGGGAAGGAGGCUGAGCCCGCGGCGGCUUCCACCAUGCACUGCCAUGGCGAGCUCAGGCUCGCGUCCCCCGGGCAGCUCAAGGCAGCCAGGAGGCGCUACAAGACUUUCAUGAUCGAUGAGAUCCUAUCCAAGGAGACCUGCGAUUACUUUGAGAAACUUUCCCUUUACUCUGUCUGCCCUUCCCUCAUCGUCAGACCCAAACCUCUGCACUCCUGUACUGGGUCCCCAUCUCUGAGGGCAUAUCCUCUCAUCUCCGUCAUCACCCGGCAGCCCUCUGUGGUCCCUCACCUUGUCCCUGCAGCUCCCAGCUCCCGAGCACUGUCACCCCACUCCUCCUUGGGAGCCACCAGUGCGGAUACACCAGCCAGCGAAACUCAUGCCAGCAGUGAGUCAGAAGGGGAGCAGCCCACCCCGCGGUUGAAAAAGCCUCGCCGAAGCCGGACCAUCUUCACAGAACUCCAGCUGAUGGGGCUGGAGAAGAAAUUCCAAAAGCAGAAGUAUCUGUCCACGCCAGACAGGCUGGACCUUGCCCAGUCACUGGGGCUGACUCAGCUCCAGGUGAAGACUUGGUACCAGAACCGCAGGAUGAAGUGGAAGAAAAUGGUACUGAAAGGUGGACAGGAAGCUCCGACAAAGCCCAAAGGCCGCCCAAAGAAAAACUCCAUCCCCACCUCAGAAGAGAUUGAGGCAGAGGAAAAGAUGAACAGCCAAGUUCAGAGGCAGAUAUUCGAGACAUCUCAGGCCCCAGAAGAGCCUGAAUUGACAGAGGAGAAGCCUGAAGUCUCCUUGGAGACGGAAAAGUCUCCGGAGCACACAGUGGAGCCCUCCCCAGAGGAGACGACGCCCUCAAGUUAAAAGAGGAAAAACAGGAAAAAAAAAAAAGAAAAAAAGAAAAAAAAACCACAGAAAAAGGAAAGA